UGGUGGAGGUAGAUGGGAAGGCAGCCCAAAAAUUUAAACCAAACAUUAAACAAGAGAAAGACAACAAUGUCUGUCAACUAAUCCAAUGCAAAUUCCAGCAGAAAAUUAAGGAGAAAACGGAGAAAACGAAGCACUCGUUACAAUUAAGGAGUGAGUUUUGUGUUGAUUGUAUUGGAACGCACAUUCAUCCCAAAAAACAAAAAGCCCAGUGGAGAAAUAGAAGAAGAGAAACCUCUAUCCCUCCGUCCGAAUGCUUUGCCGAGAAAGUACAAUUUAUACAAGCACAAUACGUAUAUAUUUGAGUACCCUUUUCUAAUUUUGCAUUGCAAUUGCUCGAAUAGUUAGCACUUGCAUGGUGCCUCUUCAAUAUUACUGUGCUUUUGGGAUUCAAUUUUAUAUGAAAUGGCAAGUUCAGCAUUAGUACAAGGGUUCGGAGGGUUCUCAGCUCUUAUAUCUCCCAAUUCAUCUUCUCCACAGAAAAGGUUGAUUAUUGGGGUCCCGAAGCUUCAAUCAGAGACUAAGAAAAGUUUCAUCAGUAUCAGAUCAGAUGCAUCAGUUUCCCAUUCUUCAAAUUCAGUGAAUCGAGCCUCCAAGUUGGUCACUAAUGCUGUUGCGGUGAAGGGUGAAGCUGCUGCAAGUCCUGUAUCGUCAAAGGGUGGGCAUGAGCUACUUUUGUUUGAGGCUCUUCGUGAAGGUUUGGACGAGGAGAUGGAGAUAGACCCUCGAGUUUGUGUCAUUGGAGAAGAUGUGGGUCAUUAUGGAGGCUCAUACAAAGUUACCAAAGGAAUGGCAACAAAAUAUGGUGAUUUGAGAGUGCUGGAUACACCUAUAGCAGAAAAUUCCUUCACAGGGAUGGCCAUUGGGGCUGCCAUGACAGGUCUAAGGCCUAUAAUUGAAGGAAUGAACAUGGGUUUUCUAUUGUUGGCAUACAAUCAAAUAUCAAAUAACUGUGGCAUGCUUCAUUAUACUUCUGGGGGGCAGUUUACUAUUCCUGCGGUUAUACGAGGUCCUGGGGGUGUAGGGAGGCAGCUAGGUGCAGAACAUUCUCAGCGCUUAGAAUCUUACUUUCAGUCUGUUCCUGGACUACAAAUGGUUGCUUGCUCAACACCAUACAAUGCAAAGGGAUUAAUGAAAGCAGCAAUUAGAAGUGAGAACCCGGUUAUCUUGUUUGAGCAUGUUCUUCUCUACAACUUGAAAGAGAAGAUUCCAGAUGAAGAAUACAUAUGUUGUCUGGAAGAGGCAGAAAUGGUUCGACCAGGUUCAGAUGUAACCAUUCUUACUUAUUCUCGGAUGAGAUAUCAUGUUAUGCAAGCAGCAAAGACACUAGUGAAUAAGGGUUAUGAUCCAGAAAUAAUUGACAUCCGUUCUUUGAAGCCCUUUGAUCUGUACACAAUUGGGAAUUCGAUUAAAAAGACACACAAAGUGCUGAUUGUUGAGGAGUGCAUGCGAACAGGUGGCAUUGGAGCUAGUCUCAGAGCUGCAAUUAUUGAGAACUUCUGGGACUAUUUAGAUGCACCUAUUAUGUGUCUAUCAUCACAGGAUGUGCCCACACCAUAUGCAGGCACGCUAGAGGAAUGGACAGUGGUGCAGCCACCCCAAAUUGUAUCAGCAGUGGAGCAAAUUUGUCAGUAGAAUCUUAGUUGAUUUUAACUGUCCAAAAUAGUGUAAGAAUCAACAAACUACUUUUGUGCUUCCGUCUAGUUAUGCUUACAUUCGAUUUAUCUAAUUGAUUUAGUUCUUCUAUCA